AUGGGCACAGAAAUCGAGAAGGGUAGAACUGCGGCUGAAUCGGUCUCAUUCGUCAACGAUGUCCCGUUCGUGGUGGUCGUCGUCGAGAGCAUUGUCGUCGCAGACUCUCCAUUCAUGGCGCCCUACUUCGGCUCUUCUUCUGCCCCAGUCACCAGCUGGGGGUACAAUUGGGCUGUUUGGAGAUGGCACAUGCACUGGCUCGACAAACACUUUCAGGAGCUAAUCGUCUCUGUCUCGUGGACGAAGUUGUCUAAGAAUGGCAGUUCACCAAACUGUUCUUCGGCUGAUGGCAAUCAAGACUGA